GCGUCUAAAUAACCCUCCCCAAUCGCCUAUUAUGAACCGCAAUGAGAUCCUGUGCUGUGUUCGACGUUUUAUCUCCUCCUCUCCCCUGGCCAUGAAAAUGGCCACGCAAUUGCAUUCCCGCACAUCCACCAACCCCUCUGCACUGUCACAGCCUGUAACCUCGCACACACGCUGCAGCAGCCCGUCAGGCCCAUCGUCCUGACACGUUAACAGCUUGUAUGAGCACAAUCUGAAACAUUAUUACUGGCUGGGAGCGAUAACUUUCUCCGAGAGAAGUGGGCAAAAUAAGAUCCAGUGUUACCAGUCCGCCACCUAGCUGCGGAGACGCGCCGACGAAAAUCUGUCGACUGUAUGAUUAUGAAAACACCCGCGCCAAUGUUGUUGCACAGUAGGCUCCGCGCUCCGAUGAGACUGAAACUCGGUUUUAGGUGAUGUUUUAACCUCCGCUGGCCUUAGCUAUGUAAUCACAGCAACAUCUAAUGCACCAAAAAGCUCCCGAUUGCUGUUGGUGUGAAGGGGAGAGCAGGACAGCAACACCUUAACCUCCUGCCUAAACGCAGUUGGCUCCGGGACGCGCUCUCGGUUCAAGCCUAAAAGACAACAGAGAGACCUUCCAUCGCUGGAUAAAGGAGCCCAACUGUACUUGGACUAUUACAGGAUAUUCUUUUUGAAAUCUCCUGACCUACACCUGCAUUCUGCUCAUCACUAGAACCAGGGUCAUUUAAAAGUGUUAUACUGGAAACCCCACAGCAUCCUGCUUCUCCCCCCUGACUUCUCUGAUGGACCAGAGAGUGAAAGGGGGAACCCCUCCAACCACAAACUCCACUCUGGACCCCACCUCUGCAUCUGAAGACUCUGAAGUGGCAGAGAAAAAGAGGAGGGGUGAGGGGGAGAAUGGAGAUGUAGGGGUAAAGGAUGAGGAGAAAAGAGGAGCAGGGAAAAAUAGAGAAGGAGACAAGGGGGCAGUACUGGAGUUGCUCAUCGAGGGGCGCUGUGGAAGCGCAGGGCAGCAACAACUUCAGAUCUCUGGCAGAGAGACCGGCUGCCCUGAGGGUAAUGUACGACUUCGGAUUGAACAGGCCAAACGCACCAAGAAACCACCAAAGAUCUUGGAAAGCUAUGUCUGCAAGCCCACCAUCAGAACCUAUCAGAGACAAGCCAGGGGGGGACUGCUGAGGGGGGAUGGAGAAAGAGGACAGCAGAUCAAAACCAGCUCUACUCCAGAAGAGGCAACCAGAGAUCAACACUCAGGCUUGGAUUCUUGCCAGAGCACAUCCAAACAAUCUGCAUCUGCUUCACCACCACUUGCAUCAUUAUCAUCGGCAUCAUCAUCUUCGUCAUCGCAGCCACUCUCGUUAUCAUCAACAUUUACCACUGCUUCCACCACAGCCUCAGUCCCUACCAUAACCAGCCAAGGGACCAAGUCUGCCAAACAGGUUCCUAUCGCACUGGUCGAUAAGACAGAGGUAAAUUCAAAUGGCUCACAUGAGAAAGUGAAGAAAGAGAAGCUUCCUGCUGUCAAUGGCCAGCCUAUCUCUGCAGGAAACAAACCCUGCUCGCCAAUAACAGAUCAGACAGCUUCAACUACUCCUCCCACCACAUUCAUCCAAGUCCCAUCUCCAUCGGAAACCAGGAAUAAAGGGAAGACCUCCAAGAAACAUAAUGGCUUGGUUAAGACAACAAAACAAAAAGGACUAUUUAUUGGGAAAGGCUCCACCAACAUCCUUGGCACUUCCACCUCAUCAAAAAGCAAGAUUGGAAAACACAGCAGUUCCUCCUCUGUUUCCUCCGUGGACUCCUUGACAAGACCUCUAGCCUCCACCAGUUCCCACAAAGAACUCAGAACUCAGAGUCGGCCAGACUCUCUUUCCUCUUUUUCAGUCACCCCUAAACCACAGUCCUCCCCCACUGUGGAGCUCUCCUCAGCCCAAUCUCAAGAUCAUGGUCCCAUUCUACAGCCCUCACUAGAGAAAAAGAGAGACAAAGAGAGGAAAGCAAAGAAAGAGAAACGGAAAGACAAAAAAUCUAAGCCUGAUAGAUUGGAGGCUGAAAGAGCAAAGAGUGAGAGCAAAAAGGAGGAUGGCAAGAAGAAGAAAAAGGAGAAAGGAAAGGAUGGGAAAUCAAGGCAUAGUAAAGAAAAGGAUGAAAGACAAGUGAGUGAUGAUACAUGGAGGGAUGAGUUAAAGAUUGAAAGAGGAAAGGCUGAGAAAAAGAGGGAUAAGGUUAGCCCAGACAGACAAAGAACAGAGGAUAAUAAAAGUGGUGAGCCAGUUGAUAGUGGCAAAAUAAAUAAAACCUGUAAAGUAGUGAAUUCAGGCCGACCAGAUGAGAUAGACAAGAUGGAUGACAGUUGCAAGCCAGUUAAAGAAGCUGAGCCAGCAACAGCAACAGGUGACACCAGUAAAUCAAAAGAACAAGAUGUCUCAAGACAUUCAACUGUGCCUCCAAGCCACUCCUCUUCUUCCGCUCCUCCCUCUUCGCCCACUCCCUCUGCCCGUGCCCCUGUUUCUCCCCCUUCUUGCCCCCAAGAGCAGGACAGCCGUCCGCUCAAGAAACGUAAAGCCAGGCGGCCCAGCUGGACCAAGCUGGUGCACCGGGCUCAGAGGGCGGAAAAUCAGGAAGCCCCUUCAGAUUUCCAACAUAAUCCUCCACUAAGUUUCUCCCAGAACCCCAAGACGUCCCUUCCUGCCAAGGCCACUAUUCAGCAAACUGAAGAGUCACACCCAUCUCCCUCUGGCUUCUUUACCAGCAGCUCGUACACUCUCUCUUCUGCAACCACACCCACAUCCCCAAAGCAGAGUCACCCCACAUUAGACCAUAGCCCCCCUGUUUCCAGAUGCCCCAUAACCCCUGCCAGAAAAAGGGGCCGCCCCAAAUCCCACAGCUCUAACUUAGAUGAACCUCCCCCUAAACUUUCACCAAAUGCUAUCCCAACUGAGGUGCCUCUUCUGGGGUGUGACGGAGUUCAGAAAACCCCUGUGCUGGAGCCAAGUCCAAAACUGCAGUGUGCCACUCAGUCUAAAUCCAGCCCCAAGAAGCGUGGCCGUCCUCCCAAGCGACCUCUCCCUGAGGACCAGAGUGGAGAUGCACUGAAUCGUAAAUAUUUUCCUCCUCCUGAAAAGGGGAACAGGCAGCUAAAGAUCAGGAGGCUAAUUAAUGAGAUGAAGAAAAGAAAAAAGAGGAGACUUCACAAGGUAAUGCUGUCUGGGUAUGUAGGGAAGGAGGGAAGGGGAGGCCAGGCAGCAGAUGGCGAGACCUCUCUGAGAAUGUGUAAAUCAAUAGAGGCUACAACAGUACACACACUCUCAGCCCUGUCGUCCUCUUUUGGGAGUAAGCUGGGCCCUCAGAUCAAUGUUAGCAAGAGAGGGACCAUUUACAUGGGCAAGAGGCGAGGACGCAAGCCUAAAGCCCAAACAGCUAACCUAAAUUCCAACUCUAAGAAUGCCACCCAGUCGUCCCUGUUCAUCAAUCCCUCUGAAACAUCUCUCUUCUCGUCUAACCAACCCCAGCCUCCUCCCUCUCAUCCAUUUCCCUCGCCAUCCCUUACCCACUCCAGUGGGGCCCAGAGCCCUUAUAGUGAAGGCAGCCUCACAGAACCAACAUCCUCCUUACUUUUUUCUCAUCCCUUCUCCCUCCCCUCCCCAUCAUCCUCCUGCACCUCCCCACGUCCUCCCUCCUCCUCAUCCCUCUCUCCUUUUGUGAAGAAGAGUUGUCCAUGUCAGGGAAGGCAUCACUUCCCCUUUCACCAGUCUUCAUGUAAGCUAUCCUGUCCCACCCCUCCACUGCAUCACACUCCUGGCUCUCCCGGCCACCUGAAAGAGGCCACCCCCUCACCCAGGAGUGAGUCCCACAGUGAGGAGACACUGCCUAGUGAUAGUGGGAUUGGAACAGAUAACAACAGUGUUUCUGAGCGAGCGGAGAUGAGGGGAGUUCGAGGCAUGCUCAGGUUGGGUCAGGGGUCAGGAGUUAUUCUGGGGGGUCAAAGACACCCCUCGUCUCUUGUGGACCGUCCCUCUCCUGUCUCUUCACCUCUCUCUCUCAAGCCCAGACACCCAAACCCAAUCUCCAACUCAACUACUGUGGAGCGGCACAGAGACAGACACAGGCACAGACGAAGGGAUUAUGACUGUUCCUCCUCCUGUACUUGCUUGUGCCCAUGUACCUGCCCAGGACACAACAUGUGCACUCAUUCAGAAUAUUACUCUUGCCUUGGGCAAAAUGCACUGAAGAGGCAGAAAAAUAAACAUAAGAAGAAACAGCUGCACAUGCAAGAUCCAGAGUUUCUGGCUGAACUAGAAGAUCUGGUCGGUCAGUUCAGCGAGGUCCAUAUUGGACGCCGAAGUUGGGCGAGGACAGGAGUGGGACAGGGCUUUGAUGGGAGUGGGAAUGCUGCUGGAGGAAGGCGUCAUCACUCUUCCUCCCAUUCUCACCGCUCCAACAUCUUCAGGAUCAAUCUAAAUGGCUUCUACUCGCCUCACCCUUCAUCUUACUCUGCUAAUCCCUCCUUCUCCCCCCAGCCUUUCUACUCCUGUCAGCCUGUGCAUUGCAACAGGAAGCCUGACCGCAGGCAAUGUGGUUGCCCAUCAAAGUUUCAGGAGAGCAUCGAAAAUAUGGGAUUUUACAGCAGCUAUUCCCCAGCCACGACACUCUACCACCACCUCCCCAGCUCCUACCCGCUGCCCUCUCCACACCAGUACGCCCCCCAUCAGCCCCAUCACGCCCACUUCCUUCUCAAUCCCGCCAGAUUCCACAGGCGUAGGAGCAGGUUGCUGAGGGAGGGAGCUUUAGGUGGAGAGGUUGAGGGAGAUCUAGGAGGAGGCAGUGGAGGAGGCCCACACCUUAGCUCAGGGUUCACAUCCAGCCUCUCCUGUGGCUGUGGGAGGAGCGAACACAAACACAAACAUAAACAACGUCACAAGCACUGCGAACGAGACAUGGAUGAAGAAGAGGAGUUACACGAGGAUGAGGAGGAAGAUGGAAUGGAGAGAGAGAGGUUGGCCGGUUCAAAGUCAAGGUUGGGGUUCAUUUUCGGGCAAGGAGAAAAAGGAAGGAAAGGGGCAAGAGGAAUAAGGAGUAGGUUGUCUAAAGAAUCACCUUGGUUAUGUGAGAAUGGAAAUGAGUCCUUCUCCUCAGCUGCUGCUGCUGCCACAUCAUCAUCUUCAUCUUCAUCAAUGAGGUACAAACACACACCGCUCACCUCACUGGGGCUGGGUUCCUCUCACCUGUCUUCAUUUGGAGGAAGUUGGGGCGGCAUGGGCAAGAGCUGGACAAAAUUUGGGGGCCUGGGAGGGACAGGAUUUGGAAAUUCAACUCCCAUCUGGAGAGGGUUCUCUGGGGAGCAACAUACAGGCAGACUGAUUGCAUCAGAGGGAGAGGACGAAGAUGGUGAGGACGAGUCUUCCCUGUACAGGACAUCCCCAUCCCCAGCACACACCAACCUGUUCACAUCCGCUACCAUGGCAACAGGAGAAAGGGGUCUGAGGGCCGGAUUGGCCGGUAGAAAUACUGGAAGUAGAGACAGGUCAUGGAGGAGAGAUGAGCCAGCAUGGACAGAGAGGAGAGAAGCAGGUUUACAAGGUGACUCAAGAAGCCAGGGGCAGCAGAAAAGUGUGCCAACGCCAGACAGUAUUGCAGGGAAAAACAAAAGAAGGCCAGGACGGCCUAGAAAGCACCCACUGCCCUCUACGGUAUCCUCCCCCACGCACUCAUCUGCAGCUCCCUCCAUGUCAUCACCUGACCUCUUGCCAGGACACAACAGAGAUGGGAGAGAAGUGGGAGUUAGAAAAGAAGAAAGAGGACCAGAGAGAGAUAGACGGGGCGACAUGGUGCAGCAGGUGACAGAGUUGGAGCUGCAGGCCAGGAGAAAGAGAGGACGGAAGAGAAAACAUGAUGACUCUCUGUGUCAUCAGAGUGUCGCUGAGGAUAAACCCGAGUGUGACACGCCCUCCGAAUGUUUUAGCCAAUCAGAUGUCGUGCAGGCGCCAUCUCAACCAGUAACCAUCCAAAGAGACGAGAGAGCAGACGGGCCUCCCAGGAAGAAGUUUCUGAGGGCGGGUCUUUACUCUGAUGAUUACAAAACUGCAGACCCGCCCUCCCAAGCCCAGCAGUUGUGCAGAGAGAGUAUGGAAUACACUCCGGGGGAGAAUGGAUAUAGUCUUUUACCUGCUCCCAUACAUGUCGGGAAGUACCUGAGGCUGAAGCGGCUUAAUUUCCAGUUACCUUACGAUGUUAUGUGGCUGUGGCAGAACAAUCAGCUUCAAAGGCAGCCUGCUGUCCCCCUGAAGAGGAAGCGCCGUUACUGCCGGCUGAAGGAGAGGACUGUAUCCUUUCAACAAACGGAGGAGUGCUCUAGUGACAUUACCAGCUUGUUUCCUCACCUCGACAUGGAGCCUUUAACCAGCAGCGAGAGGAGCUUUGUCAUGAAACACCACGUAUUCCUCGUGAGGAACUGGGAGCUUGUGAGAGACAGACAGAUCCGACUGAGGAUAGAGAAGGAAAGGAAGAGAGACGCAGAGGGAGAGGACAGCGACUCACAACAUCUGUCCUGUGAUGGAGCCAAUGGGGACGACGGCCACAUCAAGUCAGAUCAGCAAGUGGGGGUGGAGGUGACGGUUAUCAGCAGUGACCUCCACCAUCAGAGUCAGGAUACCUCUAGCUCACUCACUGCCAGCCUCUGUCCUACCAAAACCAAGAACAGAGUACAGGAAGAGGGAGAGGGAAAAAAACGAGGGGAAGAAGAGCUCUGCGGCAGAGAACAGAGGAGGAAACGGCUAAAUGAUUUACUUUUGACCCUGCAGCAGUAAUAAGCUAAGAGAGAGUAUCUUGCCUUUACGUAGGUGGGACCACUCUGAGAAAGGGACCAGGCCCACCACUGGACAGAUGGACAGGAACUGACGUCACAACACUGCUAUUAUCAGUAGUAGUGCUACGGAGAACGAGCGAGAAAAAGAGGAGAAGAGAGAUGGAAAAUUAUAAAGGCUGAAAAAUGCGAGAGAGACGUCUCACACACUGACAGAUGAGUGUUGUGAACCUAUGGCUCUGAAGGGCAUCACACCAAGGAUGAAACCAUGGCAACACAUUUUGUCCAAGCGGCAAGGGAUGAGAUAAACUGAGAUAGACUGUGCCAGAUGAAAGAAAGAAGAGAAACAGACCAGCUGACAUGAAUUUGCACUAGUGCUGGAUGAUCAAGCACACUAAAGACUGUAUGUACGUAUGCUGAGUGGACACACACACACACAAACACACACACACACACCUUGAUUGCUCUUACUUCGGCACCUUAAGCAAACUUGGAAAGACAGACAUUGUUGGGAGACUGAAAGUGGACAUAUACAGUAUGGUACUGAGCAUUUCGGCUCUGACGUUUCCAAGAGACGAGGAGCUCAGGAGCUGCCCGGGGGAACAAAAAUGUAUCCUGGGCCCUAAGUAGGUCAAAAUUGAACCCUAAUUUACUCGUUAAGCUUCAAAGUCACAUUGCACCUUUGGGAAAUGACACAAGGAGAAGUGAACCAGUUGAAAGCUGUUGAGACAGUGGUUGGGUUUUUCUUCACUUUACCAAGAGUGUCUGCUAUGUACCAGUGAAUAGGCAGGAGAGGGGGUGGGCUUGGUGAUUGGAAUUUUGGCAUCGCUGCAAGAGAAUUUCUAAUGAGGUUUAAGAAAGAAGUUAUUUUUGGAAAAAAAAGACAGCUUGGGCAAUGUCUGCAAAAAAGAUGGACAAAAUAUAUUCAUGAUAGGAAUGUUUAUUGUUGACUAUUUUCAGUAUUGCUUCCUGGGUAAGGGAUAGAGGGGGGUUAAAAGUCUUUUGUUUACUUCAGACUGCCUUUGGGAAUGUUUUUGCUUCAUAGCAUUGACAAUCAGAAUGUCUUGGGGGGGAGGGGGGGAGAAAUCUAAAAUUGAUUUGCCCCACAUGCUCCGUAGAAGUGCCAUGUUGUCUUGUGUACGUACCUAAGCAAACUCAUGCAGUCUUUAAAAGCAAUAUCUCCUCUGAUAAGGACUAUAUAUGGACUUUCUUUGUUAGUUUUCUUUUGUGAAUAUUUGAGGAUUGGAGGUAAUUUUUCUGUACAGUUGCAUAGUCGAUUGUUCUCAUUUUAGGAGCAUUGGAUUAAUCCACUCAGUGGAAGUAACCAUAGGCGUUUAGUUUCAUGUGAAUGUACGUAGAGAGAGACCUGUUUUCUUCUUAUCAGCAGUAGCGUGUAAAAUGAGUAUUAUACAUUACAAUACUAUUGGGAUAACACAUACAACUUAAUAAUCAAAUCUUUCAUUUUACUAACAUGUUUUAAACAGACUAUACAGCUGACCAAUAUAUCAGUCAUUUGUUCUUAAAAUUGACCAUGAUUGUUUGAGUUUUUUUGUAGGAUUACAUAAUUACAAACUUUUUUUAGCUGAGUGUUUUGUUUUUUUAUUGGUCAGACAAUCAGUGACAGUGAAUUAGUUUUUUCAGUGUUAAAUUCCCGCUCUCUCUCAGUAGUGUGGCUUUUAAUAACAAGCCAAGAAAGUGCAAUUUCUUUGACUGUUUACAUUCUGUAUGUAUAUUUUUCCUCUUUCCUUUUUAACUAAGAGCACUACAUUAUUGCCAGUGGAUGAUUAACUUUAUAGCAAAGGUCCACAUAAAGAGUUAUUUAUCUAGUUUGCAUGACAUGUAACCUUUGCCUGUUGCCUCUAAUAAUGUGCAUCUGAAAAAAACAUCAAAAACAAUUAUAAAUCAAUGCCAUAGAAUGUCAGCUCAGACUUUUUUGCCUAUAUAACCAUAAUAAUAAAAGCAUUUUAUGUCUAAUACUA